GCGCUUUGUCAUGGAUGGACGCGUCUUAUUUGUUAGAAAUGAUUGGAGACAUGUAUAAUGGGUAAUUGUCUAUGCACGCUUAGGUGCAAAAAACAUGUAGAUGAGGAAGAAGAGGUAGAAGAAUCGGGCGAGGAGGAAGAACACCGAGAACCGCGCCGACAGAAGAAAAUGGCGGAGGGUGUACAGUCGGUGAUACCAAACAUAGAAGAACAGAAGGAUUUUGUUGCGACUCAAUUAGAUAAACAACUUAUCAAAGGGGAAAUAUGGUACAUGUUAGAUAUCAAAUGGUACAAACAAUGGAAGAGCUAUGUUGGCUUUGAUACAUGGGAUCACUACUACGUUGGGGAAGACAGUGCAAAUCCAGGACACAUAGACAACUCUCCUUUGUUUGAAGAUGAUGCGAAUACAAAGUUGAAGGAGCACCUGAUAGAUACUCUUGACUACAUCCUCAUACCAGCUGAAGGAUGGGAUAGACUUCUCACAUGGUAUUCCAUGGCAGAGGGACAGGAGCCUCUGCCUCGCAAGGUGAUAGAGGAGGGUGUGUACAGCAAGGCCCUUAAGGUGGAGGUGUAUCCAUGGCACCUGAAAGUGGCUGAGAACUCAACACCGGACAACCAUGUGGUCCUGCAGUUCAGCCGCGUUGAUACUAUAGAGCAAUUGGAAGUGGCGAUGAGGCGUGAGUUCAACAUCAAUGAGGACAAGGAGGUCCGCCUUUGGAACCGCUACAUGACCAACAUGUAUGAGCCCCUGAACAAGAAGGAGAACACCCUUCAGGACGCUGGCCUCUACUCAGGCCAGAUAGUCGUCAUAGAGCAGAAAAACGACGACGGUACCUGGCCGAGGGCAACCCCUGUGCCAGUGAACAAAAACACAUUUUCCAGCUCAAGUUCAAAUACGGCUUCUAAACCUUCAUCAAAAGGAGCUUACUAUAACAACAAGUCAAGUAACAAGUGCUGCAGCUGGAACAGCUAUGAUGGGUAUGGCAGCAGCCAGCAGGAGAAGAGUGUUACCCCUGGGCUCUGUGGUCUCUCCAACAUUGGCAACACUUGCUUUAUGAACUCAGCACUGCAGUGCAUGAGUAAUGUCCCCCACCUGACUGAAUACUUCAGGUCAGGGAAGUGGGUGGAUGAGGUAAACAAAGAUAACCCCCUCGGCAUGGAUGGCGAAAUAGCAAGCUCAUACGCUGAGCUAAUCAAAAUUAUGUGGCAGGGAGACUACAGUUAUACGGUGCCGAGAGAUUUCAAGUAUGCUGUGGGCAGGUUUGCGCCCCAGUUCUCAGGUUACUCCCAGCAGGAUGCCCAGGAGCUCAUGGCCUUCCUGCUGGAUGGACUUCAUGAGGACCUGAACCGCAUCAAGAAAAAGCCCUACAUAGAACAGAAGGAUUCUGAUAACCGACCAGAUGAGGUUGUUGCCAAGGAAGCAUGGGAUAACUACCUCAAGCGCAACAAUUCGAUCAUCACGGACCUCUUCCACGGCCUCCUCAAGUCCACAGUCCAGUGUCCUGAGUGCGACAAGAUCUCUGUGACCUUUGACCCGUUCUGCUACCUCUCCCUGCCGAUGCCUGUGAAGAAAGAACGCCAGCUGGAGGUGUUUUGGGUCCCACAGAAGCCUGAGAAGAAGCCGUCCCAGUUCAAGCUUACUGUUCCUAAGAUGGGCUGUGUACAGGACAUAUGUGUUGCACUCUCCCCUUACGUGAAAGUGGACAAACAGUUUAUGCUUGUGACAGACGUGUACAAUCACCGGUUCCACAAGAUAUUUGCCAUGAACGAGCCCCUGAGCUCCAUCAUGGACAGGGAUGACAUCUUUGUGUACGAGGUUCCACCCAGCAAGGACGCCAUGGUGAUACCCAUCUACAUGAGGGAGGAGAGGAUCAAGAACCAGAACUCCUCAUACAACAAUUACCAGCUGUUUGGUCAGCCACUGCUCCUGUCUGUCCAGAGACAGAACAUGACCUAUGAGGAACUGUACACUAAGGUCUGCCAGAGAAUCAAGAGGUUUGUUCAGCUGCCGGCGGCUGAUGACAAGUGGUGGGUGAAGGAGGGACAGGCUGGGGCCCCUAGCGAGAUAGAAGUGAGCGGCAGUGAUGAGGUGACAGAGCACUCACCAGACAGCAUGCAGCCGGACACCAACAUGUGUAACGGGGCCUUGUGUAUGUACCAUGAACAACCCCACACUUCCAGUAAACGGCCACUUGAGGGCAACAAUAUGGACAGCGCUCCUGAGAAGAUUCCCAGGCUGUUCAAGUUCUCCCUUCUAAACUCUUAUGGGACUUCAGAAAUGGAUACAAAAUUCAAGGAUGAUGGAAAACCCUUGAAACUUAAUAAUCGGAUGUACAUCUCGUUAGACUGGAACACUAUAGCGAAGGAAAAGUUUUAUGACGAAGGGAAGGCAGAGAAGACGUUUGUGGUUCACGAAACGAUGAACGCCAAUCCAAUCAAGAAGCAGGUCAUUCAGCUGAGUGACUGCAUUGACCUUUAUACCACCACCGAGAAACUGGGGGAGCAGGACCAUGGAUUCUGCUUCAUGGAAUCUGUUGUGUUCAUGUUCAGCAUGUGUUGGUACUGUCCCCAGUGUAAGAAGCAUCAGCAAGCCACCAAGAAGUUUGACAUCUGGUCUCUGCCUGACACCCUGAUCAUUCAUCUCAAGAGAUUCUCCUAUAACCGCUAUUGGAGAGACAAGAUCGACAUACUGGUCGAGUUCCCGACAAGAGACUUGAACAUGAAUGCCUUACUGAUCAACCCCAAUCACAGAGGUCCCUACCUGUACGACCUUGUUGGGGUGGUCAACCAUUUCGGGGGUCUCGGAGGCGGACAUUACACUGCAUACUGCAGGAACGAAACCACCCGUAAGUGGUUCUACUUUGAUGAUUCCAGCGUCACAGAGGCUUCAGAGGAGGGCCUGUGUUUCAAAGGCCGCAUAUGUGCUGGUCUAACCAAAAGAGAGAUCGGAUGUUACAUCUCGUUAGACUGGAACACUAUAGCGAAGGAAAAGUUUUAUGACGAAGGGAAGGCAGAGACGUUUGUGGUUCACGAAACGAUGAACGCCAAUCCAAUCAAGAAGCAGGUCAUUCAGCUGAGUGACUGCAUUGACCUUUAUACCACACCGAAGAAACUGGGGGAGCAGGACCCAUGGUACUGUCCCCAGUGUAAGAAGCAUCAGCAAGCCACCAAGAAGUUUGACAUCUGGUCUCUGCCUGACACCCUGAUCAUUCAUCUCAAGAGAUUCUCCUAUAACCGCUAUUGGAGAGACAAGAUCGACAUACUGGUCGAGUUCCCGACAAGAGACUUGAACAUGAAUGCCUUACUGAUCAACCCCAAUCACAGAGGUCCCUACCUGUACGACCUUGUUGGGGUGGUCAACCAUUUCGGGGGUCUCGGAGGCGGACAUUACACUGCAUACUGCAGGAACGAAACCACCCGUAAGUGGUUCUACUUUGAUGAUUCCAGCGUCACAGAGGCUUCAGAGGAGGCCUGUGUUUCAAAGGCCGCAUAUGUGCUGGUCUACCAAAAGAGAGGUACACUACCCGAGUGUGAUCCACCUUUAUCCAACUGCAAGGUAGAAACAGAAACCCUUCAGGAAGAUUCCAACAAAAUCACAGACUCUUUGAUAACAGAGGGGGUGGAGAUGGAAUGUAACUGAUGAUGGCUGUUUUAUAGGACAUGUUUUGGUGAAAUUGGGCACCCCUUCACUCUCAGAUUGUAUCAGUUGUUUUGAUCAGUUUGCGGUUUCACUGUCACCAGGUGUUUCAUACGGAAAACAAUAAGUGAAGGAAAAUUUUACAUUUUCUCUCAUAACUGGAUUAUUCAUUAACAUGACAAAUUCUGUUUUGUGAAUGUAUUGUGGUAUUUUUUAAACAAUAAGUUAGAAGUAAAAGUCUAUUUAAAUUGGUUAUUUGAACAAGCUGUUUCACUAUGCUAGAUAUUAUGUUUGCAAUAAAAAAAAAAUAGUUAAAGAUGUU